GUGUGACACAAAAAAAGGAAGUAGGCUACUGAAGCCAUGGUAGUAGUAGCCUUGUUUACCACUGUAAACAAUCUGUUAUAUCAGGAAAAUAAGGUUUGCGAAAGUGAGUGAAUUUUUUCUUUCUUUCUUUUUUCAUCCUUCAAUACAGCCAUAUUCCAUCUUGUACACAUGGUGUAACCUACCUUAUUUAUUGGACUCUGUUGUAGAUAAUCAGGCUCCUGCAGGUUUUAUAUAGCAAUUGAAAUCCAUAUCAUGCAUUUCUGGAUAUGCAAAAACAUUAAAAUCAUGUUUUGCAAGCAAGUGAUUUAAGAAAAAAUCACUUUGUCGAUGUGGCCUGAUGAGUGCUGAAAAUGGCCCCAGAGGCACGCCCAGUCGGCCACACACACUCCCCAUAGCGGAGGCCAAGUGAACCCUAUAUUCUCCUGUAGGCAAUGGAUACCCAUAGGACAAGAUCUGCAUGCGAUCCAGAAUGGCAGGCAUUACCAAGAAAUUCAUUGGUGAGGACAGAAGAGGAAAAGAAAGAACUUAAAUGGAUUAAUAAAUCUCGAGACUCUAGCAUGGAUCAACUGUCACUGACAGAGUAUUCAGGAGGAUGUUCAAGGACACACAAUCCACCAGCAACACACCAAACCCACCAGCCCCUUCAAGAGAAUCAUUUUGUGCCAUUUGCCCAUGAGACACACAGUUUUAUACAGCCAUUAACACUGUCACAGUCAUCUGCAUUUGUGCAAGCCAAGAUUAAUUCUCAACAUCCUUCACUGUGUAGUAAUGACACUGAUCAAGCAAUCCUUGAUAUAAACAGCUGUGCUCAGGUCUGUGACCGUAAUGUAUUACAUGGUACAAGCCCCAUAUCAAAUCCUAUAAAUGAUUUGAAAAAUGACUUGACAGUAAAUGAAGUGGACAGUACUUCAAAACAGGAGACUGCUGGAAGAGAGCAGUGGAAGAAAAAUAUUAGAAAGAAAAUGAAAAAUCUAGGGAAGAGUUACAUAACACAGAAUGGGAAGAAAGUAGGUGAUAAAGUUUUCAAGUCAAUUAGCCAAUGUUGCUGUCAGCAAUGCUUUAAGAACUUAAGUUUAAAGGAUCAGGAAAAUAUAUUUACCUCAUUUUGGAGCAUGGGUAACUGGAACAAGCAAACAAAGUUUAUCUGGGAACAUACUGAGAUUAAAACUAAAGCCAGGAAAACUUUAGACAGGUCAUCAAGGCGAGUCCAUACUAGACAUUUUUUCUUGCCAGAUUGUUCUGGAAAUAAGGUUAAAGUUUGCAAAACAAUCUUUCUUUCUUUACUUCAGAUCUCUAAUGGUCGUUUAAGUUACUCUCUCAGCAAGAAACUUAUUGCUGUAAAUGAUGAAGAGCCUCAAGAUAAGAGAGGGUUACAGAGUCCCUCAAAUAAGACUCCUGCCAAAGCUGUAAGAGAUGCAGAAGAAUAUAUACAGUCAACAUCAUAUUACAACAUAAAAAAAGAUUCUGGUGCUAAAAUGCUUAUUGUUCCACAGGGAGUAACGAUUAGAAAGUUAUAUGCAGCAUAUCAUAGAAAGUUUGUUGAAUCUGGUAAGUUAGUUAUCAGUCUGAAAUUGUUCAGGAAGCUGUUGCCACCUAUCUUGAAAAAAGAUGCCUUAAAUAUGACUUUUAUAUUUAGCAAGCAAACAGGUGAAUCAUCUUGCAUAGGUUAUAACAAUUGUCCAACUAACAAGACAGUGAUAAUGAAGGAAGGAGUGACAAUGUGGAAUGAAAAAGGAACUUUCCCAGAAAAGCUUUCAAAGAAUGAGACUGACACAAAGCAAAGUGUAACACCAAUUCAGGGUGCAAAAGAUGUAGAAUUCAAUACACAUUCCAUUAUGCAUAAUGAAAAUUAUUUGUCAUCAACAAAUAAUCCUGCAAGGAACUGUAAUCAGAAACUGUGGAAACGCAAUAUUUCAAAGGACCUUAGGGACCGAGGAAAAAGCUACAUGUCCUCGUCUGGAAAGAUAAACCAGGGAAAAGUGUUUUUACCACAGUAUUCUUGUUGUAUAAGUAAAUGUCAUGAGACUUUCCCAGCUGAGCAACAAGAAGCUCUUUUCAAGAAGUAUUGGGCCUUGGCUUCUUGGAAUUUACAGACUAAAUUCCUAUGGGACCACAUACAAGUUGUUCAAAAAAAGGUGAACACAGCCAAAAGUGAUGAUUCACGGCGUAUUCAUACCAGGAUAUUUUUUCUUCCAAAUAAUGAUGGUGAAAAAAGAAAAGUAUGUAAAAUUCUUUUCUGUGCAACACUCCAGGUAUCAAAUGGCAGGGUUUCUCGUGCAGUUUGCUCAAAAAUGGUUGAUCCUUCUCUACCUCCUCAAGAUAAAAGGGGUAAAAGUGCUCCACAGAACAAAACAACCAUAGAAAAUGUUUCAUUUGCUUUGGAUCACAUUAAUCAGUUAUUGCAGCAUAACAGUUGUCUUCAGUCUACCUCCAGGAAGUGUAGUCUAAUAAAUGAUAUGAGUAAAAAGAAGGCCCAUGAUAUGUUCAAGAAUUCUUGUUUCGAAUAUGGAAAGAAACCUCUUUCUUACACUGUAUAUUGUCGUAUAUUACGUGAAGAUGCUUACUGUCCUGUUGAAAACAUUAAUUCAGGAAAGAAAGAAGAUAGUUGUACCUGAUUAUAUUUUUUAUAUUUAUUUUAUAAAAUGUCAUUAUGAGGAAAAAAUAUUUUAUUGUUAUUACUUUAUUAGUGCUAAAUUUGUCUACAUUUAUAUGAUGUUUGUAAAGUUAUAAUUAUAAAGUUUUUAUGUGGAUACCUGAAUUUCUAUGUUUUGUUCUAUAUCCUUGAAAUUUACUGGAGAACUUGAUCAUGACACAACUAUUUAUGGCAGUAUUGGUCAAUGCAUAUUUUAGAAGCUGGCAUAAACAGUCCCCCAAAAUUUGAAAGUCAGUGGAAAGAAGUAAAAUCAAACUGUUGUUCAUAACUCUUGUGACCAAAAAAGUUUGCCUGAUGCUGACCAUUUAGUUUUUCAGGAUGUAAAGGUUUACAUAUUACAUAUCUUUUCUGAAAAGUACACUAAUCCCAUAAUUUUACAGAUUUCAGUGAGAAUAGAUGUUAUGUUGUUUAUAUUUCACAGAGCUAGGUAAUGAAGAAAAGCAUUAAAAAAAUCCACAAACAAACUGCUUUCAUGAAAUGUCAAUAUCAUCAUUUUGCAAACAAGUAAUGAGUUUGGAGAGUUGAUCAUUAGCUUUAGAAUGAUAAAAAAUUAGAAAGAAUAUGCCCACAUUUCAUCUGAAUACAGUAUGAUAGGAAACAUCAACAAAGUAUUUCUGAGGAAUUUUUACACAGUUGUGUAUAUUCAGAUUCUGAAAGAUCGACAAACCAGGAAGAUAUACUUGAUAGGCUGCUUAUUUUGUAUUGCAUAAUAUAAUUGCAUAAUAUUUUGUAUUGCAUGUAUCAUGACUGAUCCUUUUCAGUACUACAUGUUGAUCAUACAGAUAGGAAAUGCAGUUGUUCAAAGUCUUCAUCAGAUCAGUUUUAUAUUUCUCAAUAUUGUGAAUUUUAUUUCAAAGUUGUUUUCAGAGAAUUGUUAACAAAAUAUAGCAUACAACCUGUCCAAUUGAAGUUAAUGUUCAAACAAUUUAUACAAAGUAUUUUAAUUAAAUAUUUUGUGUUGUUCAGAUAAGACUACAGAGUAUAAUUAACAUUAUUUAUCCAGUUCCCUUUUUCUACUACUAAUUCAGAUGUUGGUUUUAAGAAAUAUAAAUUAUCUUUCUUGAAUCCUUCUUUCAUUACUAAAGAGUCUUGGAUCUGAAAAUUUUGUUGUUGUUGUUUCAAGUAUGUAUAAUGACAUUGUUAAACUAAAGUCCCUAUAUUGCAAAAUUUCCAACAGAAAUUGAGAUUCCAUCUGCUUACACAUUAAUAGCUAUAUCCACCAUUCAUUAACUUAGUGCCCCUGGGAAAAUGUGUUCACAGUAAUUCUGUUUUGUGAAGUGUCUCUGCACAUGGAUGACUUUCACAAAGAUAAUGCAUUUCUUAAUCUCAUUUAAUUUUCCCUUUACCUUGAGUUUUCUGGCUUUUCUUUUGAUGAUACUUAUUAUAAUUUUUUAAUAUUAUCAUUACUAAUGGUAAUAUAGGAUGAAAGAGAAAAUUUCCAAAAAUCAAGGAAAAGGGUAAUCAGGUGAGAUAGGUUGCCCUAGUAUUCGACUCCUUGGUGACUAAGCACUUGUGGAGCCAUUUAUCUUUAAAGACAAUUAAUCUAAACUGAUGUUGAUUAUGGCAUGUAUGUAUAUGCCAUCCCUGGCAUAUACAUAGUUAAAUGAUGGAAAUAGAAAGAAACUAUAUUUUUGGUUAAAGUCACUUUAUAUAGCAACAGUUUUAUGAUAAGGAAAAAUAAGAACCAAAAAUUUUGGUAUAACAACAAAGGUAUGAUUUGUGAAUGAAUAAUUAUUUGUUUUAGAUGCUAUAAAAUUACUGUUACCAUUCAAUUUAUUAAUGUCCGUCAUGUAAUGUUAUACAUAUGUAGUCACAGUAGAAGCUAAGGAUAGAUAAAAUUGAUCUGUUAACAACUUUUUAGGACUUCUUGUUGAAUAACCUUUUUUUUCAAUUAUUAUUCAACCUUAUGAAUAUAACAAAAGCAUCUUUUAUGUUUAUUAGUCAGUGUCCUUAAUCAUUCUUUAUUGACAAACACUAGUGGAUUCACCCAACCUUUUCCUUAUGCAAUAUUUACUAGGUUUGAUUAUAUUAAGCCUUAAUUUGCUCAUUGUUUGGAACCUAAUAUUUGAUUUAUUAUCUUGAACUGGUAGUGUAGGGCCCUAAAAGUUAUUUUUUACCUCACUCAGUAAUUGAGAUUCAGGGAAAUAAAUAAAUAGUGGCAUUAUGAAGUAAGAAUUUUUCUAAGUACAUCUACAUGCAUUGAAUAUCAGAAAUCAACUGCAAGGGUGGAUAAAACUGAAACAAAGCUAUCAUACUUGUUCCAAACAAGAAUGCAAGAUGAGCAUAGGGACCUUACUGGUGAGCCAAAUUCUACUUCCCAUUCUAAUUUUAACCACAGCUGCUUCCAGUUAUAUGAGUAAGGUAUACUAUGUAUAGAGUAAAAGCUACCAUUAUUUACCUACAUUCUCACAGUAUAUUGACAUUAAAAGAAGCCAUUUUGUAAAUGAAUGGUAAGUGCAUUUUUUCUGGUGGACCUGAAAAAGUUCUGUCAAUAAUUUGUG